CGGAGUCACGGGGUGGGGUCACCGGCGGUGGCUCUGGGAGGCCAACUGGGAGGGGAGGGGGCCGUGGGGGCGGUUCGGCUGAACCAGCCCCGGCUGGGGAGCAGCGGCGACUCCGGGGGCCGGGCCAGGGCUUUCCGGGCUUCGGCGAGGCCGCCGCGGGCCCCAUCUUCCGGCGGUCGCCGGAGUUUGUGGUGAUUGUUGCUGCCGCCGCCACCGCCCCGGCUGCCAUCUCCUCCUCCUGGGCCGCCGCCACCUCCUCUUCUUCCUCCUCCUCCUGGGCCGGGCCGAUCCCCUCCCCGCUGCCGCCUCCUCCUGGGCUGGGCCCGCGGUGUCUCGUCCCCUCGCGGAGCCGCUCCUGCCGCCGCCGUCGCCGCCUCCUCAUUCAUCCUCGUGCACCAUAGGCGGCACAGGCACCAAGAUGUCCAACCGAGUGGUCUGCCGGGAAGCCAGUCACGCCGGGAGCUGGUACACAGCCUCAGGGCCGCAGCUGAAUGCACAGCUAGAAGGUUGGCUUUCACAAGUACAGUCUACAAAAAGACCUGCUAGAGCCAUUAUUGCACCCCAUGCAGGAUAUACGUACUGUGGGUCUUGUGCUGCUCAUGCUUACAAACAAGUGGAUCCAUCCAUUACCCGGAGAAUUUUCAUCCUUGGGCCUUCUCAUCAUGUGCCCCUCUCUCGGUGUGCACUUUCCAGUGUGGAUAUAUAUAGGACACCUCUGUAUGACCUUCGUAUUGACCAAAAGAUUUACGGAGAACUAUGGAAGACAGGAAUGUUUGAACGCAUGUCUCUGCAGACAGAUGAAGAUGAACACAGUAUUGAAAUGCAUUUGCCUUAUACAGCUAAAGCCAUGGAAAGCCAUAAGGAUGAGUUUACCAUUAUUCCUGUACUGGUUGGAGCUCUGAGUGAGUCAAAAGAACAGGAAUUCGGAAAACUCUUCAGUAAAUAUCUAGCGGAUCCUAGUAAUCUGUUUGUGGUUUCUUCUGAUUUCUGCCAUUGGGGUCAAAGGUUCCGUUACAGUUACUAUGAUGAAUCCCAGGGGGAGAUUUAUAGAUCCAUUGAACAUCUAGAUAAAAUGGGUAUGAGUAUUAUAGAACAAUUAGAUCCUGUAUCUUUUAGCAAUUACUUGAAGAAAUAUCAUAAUACUAUAUGUGGAAGACAUCCCAUUGGGGUGUUAUUAAAUGCUAUCACAGAGCUCCAGAAGAAUGGAAUGAAUAUGAGCUUUUCCUUUUUGAAUUAUGCCCAGUCCAGCCAGUGUAGAAACUGGCAAGACAGUUCAGUGAGUUAUGCAGCUGGAGCACUCACAGUCCACUGAAGCUCUGAGUCCUCAGGGAUGCCAUCUGCACAUAACCAUACUCUGUUCGGGGUCCCAGCCCAGCCCUUACCAAGAUGCUGGUCCUGGUUUGGGGGGAUUCUGAAACCUCAAACUAAUAGAACUUUCUUCUCUUCUUUUCUAGUAGGUGUAGUCCUUCCUUAAUUUCAACUCAUUACAAAAUGCUUUAUAGUUUAGGGCAGUGGAAGGAAGGCUGGCAUCAAAUAUUUUGAUCAAAAAAGAUGGCAGUGUAAAGGCCCAGUGUGGCAGCUUUUUGAAAGUAACUUGUAAAGCAUCUACCAUCUCCUAAAUUUGCACUCUUUGCAGACUUGUGCACUUAUAUUCCGCUUUCAGAAUAGUUUUGCAAAUUGUACACAAACAAACAAAAAAGGUGGAAGCUUUUUAAUAAAGAAAUUGCAUUUAUAAAUUAUCUGUAUUAGAAUACAAUAAAUCUCCAGUUAUAGUCAAUUACUACCCGUGUUGUACAACAGAUACCUUCUAUUUUAGUUGCUAAUAAAGGGCUACACAACUCAAAA